GGAUGUUUUUUUCUUUUUCUCUUGAAAAUGAAACAAAUUUUCAGAAUAUUCAUCAUUAUUUUGUUAAUAGAAUCAACAUUGAUUCUUGUAGAAUGUCGUCGAAUUCGUCUUGGUCGUAUGAGACCCGGAUUAAUUUCAAUGAAUCGUCAUAUGUCGACUAUAUUUACACAUCAAGAACCAACAGUAAAAUCGAAUGAUAAUUCAACAUUGAACGAUACGAAAAAUUCAACAUCAAUCUAUAGUGAAUGGUCAAGUUGGUCAAGAUGUCGUAAACGUUGUAAACAGAUUCGUACAAGAAUCUGUAUUCAAUCGGAUCAAUGUCAAUCAAAUAUUCAAAAAGAAGAACGUAACUGUACAGGUGAUCGUUGUCGAUCAAAUUCAUCAUUACCUGCUCAUCAUCAUCAACAUAAUCAUCACCAUAAUCACCAUCAUCAUAAUCAUAAUCAUCAACAAUCAAUACAACCAAAUAAUAAUGGACGUGGUCGUAGUACUGAAUUCAAAGUACUUUAUCAUUUACAAAGUUAUGUUUAUUCACAAUGGUCAAAAUGGUCACCAUGUACUGAACAUUGUCAAACAAGACGUUAUCGUACAUGUGAAAUGAAAGAAAUUUGUGGUAAUAGUACAAUACAUGAAGAUGCUAUUUGUGCAAAAAAAGGUAGUAAUUGUGAAAAAUAUUUUAAAUCCAAAGAAGAAGAACAACAAGUACAAGGACAACAAUAUGAUCUGGAUGGAUCAUCAUCAUCGACAAAUACAAAUUCACAAUAUAGACAAUCAAUAAAUGAAAGUCGUUGGAUUAAUGAUGAAACUUGUGGUCAUUCAUCAAUACGUAAUGAUCUAGCAAGUAUGUUACGUAUAAUUGGUGGUCGUGAAGCAAAUAAAGGUAAAUGGCCAUGGAUUGUUGCCAUUUUAAAUCGUAAUCAUGAAGCAUUUUGUGGUGGUACAUUAAUUACAUCACAAUUUGUUAUAACAGCAGCACAUUGUGUAAGACGUCGUCUUUAUAUUCGUGCUGGUGAACAUGAUCUAAUGAUACCGGAAGGUUCUGAACAACAAGAACAAGUAUCAUCAUUAUUUGUACAUCCAGAAUAUGAUCCAGAUACAGUUGAUAAUGAUAUUGCUCUAUUAAAACUUCGUCGUCCAUUGCAAAUGAAUCGUUUUGUAUCACCAAUUUGUCUGCCAACCGAUCAAGAUAUUCUACCAACAAAUAGUCUUGGUACAAUACUUGGUUGGGGUAAAAGAAAAAAUUCAGCAAUGUUUGGUAGUGAUGUAUUACAUCAAGCACAAGUACCAAUAGCUGAUAAUGAUGAUUGUCGUAAUGUUUAUAAAGAUAAAUAUAUGAUAUCCGAUAAUAUGGUUUGUGCUGGUUAUAAAAAAGGUAAAAUUGAUAGCUGUGCUGGUGAUAGUGGUGGUCCAUUAUUGUUUAGUAAAAAAUCAUCAACAACCGCAACAACAAUGGAUACAAAAUGGUUUCUAUAUGGAAUAACAAGUUUUGGUGAAGGAUGUGGUAAAAAAAAUAAAUAUGGUAUUUAUGCAAAAGUACCGAAUGUUGUACAAUGGGUACGUAAAACUAUUAUGGAAAAUUUGGAUUAAAACAUCAUCAACGCGACAUUAUUAUUAUGAAAAUAAAACCCUGUGAUAAAAAACAAUUGUCAUUUUGCCACCCAAU